CCCGCCUUCUGCCCGAUGACAGCUAGGUUUGGCUCUAGCCCUCCUGCAACCUUCAUUUGCGUCAUGCCAGAAGUGCUUCGCUGUACCGUUUCCGGGCCAGAGUUCAAUCCCUUUUUCGGGGAAGUCAAGAUGGCAGCCCACAUGUCCCGGUGUAGGUCCUGGAGUCGUGUUCAAAGGUUUGGUAUUGCAGCCUACAGGAAGUAUAGCAGCGGUGGAGGCUACCCCAACAUUUCGCUUUCUUCGCCGCUGCCCGGAAUCCCCAAGCCCGUGUUUGCAUCCGUGGACGGGCAGGAAAAGUAUGAAACCAAGAUCACCGUGCUAGAAAAUGGCCUCAAGGUCGCCUCGCAAAACAAAUUUGGGCAAUUCUGCACUAUUGGAAUGUUAGUCAACUCUGGAUCCAGACAUGAAGCAAAGUACCCUAGUGGAAUAGCACAUUUCUUGGAAAAACUUGCUUUUUCUUCCACAGCUCAGUACGGGAGUAAAGAUGAGAUUCUGCUCACACUGGAGAAACACGGAGGGAUUUGUGACUGCCAAACAUCCAGGGACACCACCAUGUACGCCGUGUCCGCCGAAGUGAAGGGCCUGGACACGGUGGUCAGCAUCCUGGCCGACGCGGUCCUGCAGCCUCGCCUGUUGGACGAAGAAAUGGAGAUGACCAGGAUGGCGGUUCGAUUCGAGCUGGAGGACCUGAACAUGCGGCCAGACCCCGAGCCUUUACUCACCGAGAUGAUUCACGCAGCAGCAUAUCGGGGCAACACGGUGGGACUUCCCCGCUUCUGCCCGCCGCACAACGUGGACAAGAUCGACAAGGCGGUCCUGCACAACUACCUGUCCGGCUACUACAGGCCCGAGCGCAUGGUCCUGGCCGGCGUGGGAGUGGAGCAUGAGCGGCUGGUGGCGUGUGCCCGCCGCUACCUGCUGGGCACAAGGCCCGUGUGGGACGACGGCGCCCCGGCCCCCGUCGACCGCUCUGUGGCGCAGUACACGGGCGGCAUUGUCAAGAUGGAGAAGGACAUGUCGGACGUGAGCCUCGGACCGACGCCCAUCCCCGAACUCACGCACAUCAUGAUCGGGCUGGAGACGUGCUCCUUCUUGGAGGACGAUUUCAUCCCGUUGGCGGUUCUCAACAUGAUGAUGGGCGGCGGCGGCUCCUUCUCGGCCGGAGGACCUGGCAAAGGCAUGUUCACGCGCCUUUACCUCAACGUCCUCAACAGGCAUCACUGGAUGUAUAAUGCGACGUCGUACCAUCACAGCUACGAGGACAGCGGCCUGCUGUGCAUCCACGCCAGCGCCGACCCCCGACAGGUUCGCGAGAUGGUGGAGAUCAUAACACGGGAGUUCAUUCAGAUGACAGGAAUGGCAGGAGAGAUGGAGUUGGAGCGCGCCAAGACGCAGCUGAAGUCCAUGCUGAUGAUGAACCUGGAAGCCCGGCCCGUCAUCUUCGAGGACGUCGGGCGCCAGGUGCUCUCCACGGGCAAGAGGAAGUUGCCGCAUGAACUGUGCACGCUCAUAAGCGAGGUUACGGCAGGCGACAUCAAGCGAGUGACCGGCAAGAUGUUGCGCAGCAAGCCAGCCGUGGCGGCUCUUGGGGACCUGACGGAACUGCCGUCCUACGAGCACAUCCAGGCCGCUCUGGCCAGCAAAGACGGACGCCUGCCGCGCACCUACCGCCUCUUCCGAUAAAACUGCCGAAAAUUGUGUAAAUAACAAUAGCAACGAAAAAAACACUCAUCAGGAACUCUGGGGGUGGGACUAAUGCCUGGAGUCAACAGUAUGUCACCUGUAAUACACGCUAGUAUUUAUUCCUUCUUUGUGCUUUGUUUUUUUCUCAUAAAGGGACGUUGUUUUUUUUUUUUUUAAACAAUCAUAAGCACUGACAAUUGACCACUGAAAUUGUAAAAAAAAAAAAAACUGAAAGUGUGAA